AUGACUAUGAAGUUGCGUGGUAUUCCUUCGAGUAUUAUUUCAGAUAGAGAUUCGAGGUUCACGUCAAGAUUUUGGGAGAGUUUGCAUGAAGCCAUGGGAACCAAGUUGAGGUUGAGUUCUUCUUACCAUCCGCAAACGAACGGUCAGACAAAAAAAACUAUCGAAUCUUUGGAAUAUUUGAUAAUGGCUUGUGUCUUGGAGCAAGGAGAUAGUUGGGAUACAUACUCGUCUUUGAUUGAGUUUACUCAUAACAACAAUUUCCAUUCUAGUAUUGGAAUGGAACCAUUUGAAGUUCUGUAUGAUAGAAGGUGUAUGACACAUUUGUGUUGGUAUGAAUCAGGGGAAAAGUCGGUGAUAAGUGAAAGUUCUAAAAAACGGGGUUUCCUGAAUAACGAAGAUAGAAAGGCUAUAUGUCAAAUAUUGCUUUGCUCUAGUGAUGCUAAUGGAAAUCUAAUUGGAACUGGAGUAGUAGAUCGGGUAGCGGCAUCAUACAAUGUUCAUAGAAGUGUUAUUUAUCGCAUAUGGAAACAAUUAAAGGACACAGGUAAUGUUUGUCAUAAUAGAACACAAAAUUGUGGAAGGAAACGAGUUCAAUUAGAUUUGGAGUUAAUGCGUCAAGUUCCAUUAUCAAAACGGUCAACCUAUCGAUCUCUCGCUUGUGCUCUAAAUAUUCCUAAGACAUCAUUGGUAAGGUUGCAUAAGGUCGGAGUGAUACGACGGCAUACAAACACACUUAAGCCUUAUUUAAAAGAGGAUAACAUGAUUGCUCGUUUAAGGUUUUGUUUGUCGAUGAUUGACAAAAAUAGCUUACCUCAUGAUCCGAAGUUUAUUUCUAUGCAUAAUAUUGUGUUCAUCGAUGAGAAGUGGUUUUAUAUUACCAGGAAUAAAGUUACUAAUUACUUGCAUGUGGAUGAAGAAGAGCCACAUAGAACCUACCAAGGUUUGACAAUGAAGAAAAUGAGACAUACUCUGGAAAAAAUUGGUAUAUUUCCUUUUGUGUAUGAACAACCCGCAAGAAGGAGUAGUGUCAACAGAGUUGCGGGGACAAUAGAAACAAAGCCUAUAGCUUCUGUUACAAGAGAGGUGAACAAAGCAUACUUGAUCAAUAAAGUUCUACCUGCCAUUGAGAACAUGUGGCCAAGAGAAGAUGUAGGGAAGAAAAUCUUUAUUCAGCAAGAUAAUGCAAGGUCACAUAUUAGUAAAGAUGAUCCGGAUUUUUGUCGUGCGGCAAGUGAAAGUGAGUUUGAUAUUCAAUUGACAUGUCAACCCCCUAAUUCACCAGAUUUGAAUGUCUUAGACUUAGGCUUUUUCAAUGCCAUUCAAUCUUUACAGCAAAAGGAACCGAUAAAGUCAAUUGAUGAGCUUGUUGGUGCAGUUCAAAAAGCAUUUGAUGAGUUUUCUACUGUGCAAUCCAACAAAAUUUUUAGCACUCUUCAAUCAUGCAUGAUUGAAAUAAUGAAGAUAAAUGAAUCUAACAAGUAUAAAAUUCCCCAUAUGAAGAAAGACAUGCUAUAUAAACAAGGUGGCAUACCGGUUCAAACGAGUUGUGAUUCUUCACUGGUACAAGAAGUCACUGAAUAUCUUCAAAAUUAUGAUUCUUAA